AUGGGAAGAAAAGCCAAAUUCGGUGAUGAUGGGGCCGUAAAACAAAUAAAAGGACCUGGACGGAAAGCAAAAAAACAAAAACCCCCUAAAAUGUUACCUGGACUUCCAAAACUCGAAGGAGAUGAUGAGCCAAAAAAGUUAAGCCAUCGACAAAAACAAAGGGCUUCCAGAAGAACUAAGAAAAAGGAAGAAAGAAAAUUAAUUAAAAAAGAAAAGAAGAAAGGCGUUAAAAAAGAUGAUGAUGUUAAAAAUAGUACUGAAGAAUCGGAUGCUACUAAGAACAUAAAAAGUGAAAUUGUUAAACAAUUUUCUGAUAGUAAUAGCAGUUGGUUAAAAUCAAAAAACUCUAAAUCUGUUAUUCCUGAAAAAGAUGAUGAUAUAGAAAGUUAUGAUAGUGAUUCAGAUCUAAAUGAUGAAGGAGAUGAGGAAAAUGGUUUAGAAAGUUUUGAUGAAGAUGGACUAUCAGAUGAUGAUGACUAUCUGGCAGGUACAUUGGAUGAUGUUGAUAGUUCAAAUGAAUCUGGAAUCGAAGAUACAGUUCUUAAAAAGAAAAAAGCUUCCUCAAAGAAAAGAAAGGCAGAAGAAAGUGAUGAUGAAUUAUUACCAAUUGAAAAAGCAGCUAAGAAAUUAAAAGCUGCAAAAAAAAAAGAAGA